CCUAAAAAGGAAAAAAAAAUCAAAAUCAAAGAAUCCACAAACAAAAUACAUAAACGAAAUCCAUUUUCAAGAAUCAAAAAACCUCAAUUUACAGAGAUUAAUCUCUCUCUCUAUUUUUUAUAUAUAUUUUUAUAUAUAAAUAUAAUCCAAUACAAAUCUGUUUCUUUGUUUCUUAGUUCAUGCUCGGCCUGCCCUAGAUCUUAGUCCUUAUUUUUGGGUUUUCUUUUUGCAUCUUCGAAAUAUCCUGAAAGAUUUUAAAGAUUUCCCUUCACUUUUUCUUUUGAUCAACUCCAUUCUUCAGAUCACCUUACAUUGACUGAUCGGAGAAUCUGUGUUCGUUUCCGAAUUUGCGGCUUUUAUAAUUUGGGGAAGAAGAGAAUUGCAUGAAUAUAAAGUUGUGGUGUUUGUACUAGAUGAAGGGAGCGCAGGCGUGGCGACUAGGCAGCAUGGGUGAUAUGCAAAUCUUGCCUGGGUCUCGCCACCGCCCUCCUUUGAAGAGGCCGAUAUGGAUUAUUUCAUUGGUUUCAUUAGUUUGCCUUUUCCUAGUUUGUGCUUAUAUCUAUCCACCACAAGGCAGUGCUGCUUGUUAUGUAUUUUCUUCAAGAGGUUGCAAGGUCCUUACUAAUUGGCUUCCACCUUCGCCGACAAGGGAAUUAAGCGAUGAGGAGAUUGCAUCACAGGUUGUGAUUAGAGAUAUUUUGAGUAAUCCUCCUGUCCAAUCUAAAAAUCCGAAAAUCGCGUUCAUGUUCUUAACUCCAAGUUCACUUCCUUUCGAGAAGCUUUGGGAUAUGUUCUUCCGUGGACAUGAGGGAAAAUUUUCUGUUUAUGUCCAUGCAUCAAAAGGAAAACCAGUUCAUGUGAGCCGCUACUUUCUUAAUCGGGACAUUCGCAGCGAUGAGGUUGUAUGGGGAAAGAUCUCUAUGGUUGAUGCAGAGAAACGACUAUUGGCUCAUGCUCUACAAGAUACUGAUAACCAACAUUUUGUGUUACUUUCUGAGAGCUGUGUUCCAUUGCAUAAUUUUGACUAUAUCUACAACUAUCUGAUGCAUGCUAAUAUGAGUUUUGUUGACUGCUUUUUGGAUCCUGGACCGCAUGGAAAUGGAAGAUAUUCAGAGCACAUGUUACCUGAAGUAGAAAAGAAAGACUUCAGAAAGGGUGCACAGUGGUUCUCAAUGAGGCGACAGCAUGCUCUGAUAGUUAUGGCUGACAGUCUUUACUACUCAAGGUUCCGGGAUUACUGCAAGCCAGGUUUCGACGGCAAAAAUUGCAUUGCAGAUGAGCAUUACCUGCCAACCUUUUUCAAUAUGAUUGAUCCUGGUGGUAUUGCCAACUGGUCGGUAACACAUGUUGACUGGUCUGAGAGAAAGUGGCACCCUAAAUCAUAUAAGGCUCAAGAUGUUACUGAGGAUCUUCUGAACAACAUUACGUCAAUAGACUUGAGUAUCCAUGUAACAAGUGAGGCUAAGAGUGAACGAUUGGUACAACCUUGUCUCUGGAAUGGUAUCAAACGACCGUGUUACCUAUUCGCAAGAAAAUUCUACCCCGAAACCGUAGAUAAAUUGAUGACGCUCCUCAAUUUUUGACUGUGAAUUCUUUGGUCCGCUUUUUCUUGAUCCUUCGGUUCCCAAUCUCGGUUUCACACACAGAUUAUAUACAUUUUGUACAUGGCCAUGUUUCGCAACCGCAAUUAUCAAAUGCUAGGGCUACAGAAAGAGCAGUUAGGACUGACUCGAAUUAGGCUGGAGCGGAGGCUAACGAGUUGUUAGUGCUGCGUCCUUCCAGCUGGGUAAUUUCUUGUCCAUUCCCCCCCCGCCCCCUUCCCAAAAAAAAUUCAGCCAGUCAUUACAUUAUUAUUGUUGUUAUCAUGAUCAUUAUAUAUGUGAAAAGAAUAGUGGGGGAGAUUCAUUUUUUUUUUUUUGUGUAAAAGUUGGAAAACAAGACUGAUGCACCUCUCUUUUGUUUUUUCUGGAAAAUAUGAAGCUUACUUUUUAAA